AUAUAAAUCUUUGUGUGUUAAUUGCCAUUAGAUCUCGCAAAACAAUUAUUGUUUAGUUAAGUCAUCAAAUCCAGUUGGCUGAUGGUCUUUAUUCCAAGCGUGUUAAAAUUCUUCUGUCUUUACCAGCAUUUCAAAUAAGAUUUCAGUUAUGGUUAUUAUUAUACAGACAAAAUUCAAAUAAUUGGAUGAAAAGAACAUGCAGAUGAGACGGCAAUGUACUGUUGUUUGUACGGAAUUUUGAGAAGCUUAGGUAUCCAAUAUAAACAAGAUUGGUUUGAAUAUGUUCUGGUUACUUUCCCACGUUGUCGUAUUAAUGUACCAUUUAACGGAUUCAUCUUCUUUAUUUGGCCUUGGAGUGGCUGAAAAACAUAAUUGCUUUUGUUGUUCCUGUUGGAAUGCAGACUUCAGCUGUACCGAUGAUGCAGUGGUUGUUAAUGUUACCUUAGACAGCUGUUCUAAUAUCCCAAAAGUAUUUCAACUAGACAUACUUUGGUAUCGAGACAACAUGGUUUCAAAUACAACAAUAGAUGAAUUAGAUGUUGGAGAACACAAGACAAGUGCAUCUAUUGAAAUUAAAAGGAAUUGGAUCAUUUUGAAUGUUCGAAUAUCAAAUGUUGAAAUUAUGAUAACACCAAUGAAAUGUACAGAACAUCCAUAUUGUCAGUGUAGACCUGUACAAAGUGGUGCUUUUUGUAAGACAUCUAGACAUUUGUUACCAGAAUUUCAAGACAAGACAACUAAAAAGUUUACUCUAAAGGACUCAAAUAAAGAGCUUACUCUAGAGAAAAACUAUAUAAUAUUGACAGCAGUAAUUGUAUGUGGUGCUGUAUGCGUAAUGCUUGUAUCAGUAAUGUACAAAAGAAACGAAAUGAACAGACCAGUUCGUCGCCAAGACAAUUUUAACAACAGAAGAAUGGAUGAUGGUGAAACAGUUGCAAUGCAAUGCAAUACAGUAACUACUAGUUAAACAAAACGAACAAAUCCAAAAUUGCAAUAGGAUGUAGCUUUACUUUAUGCAUGGGCCCAACAAUUAAGAUGUUGAUAGAAUAUUGAAUGCGUGUUUCUGAACUUUAUCGAAUAACUGGAGAACGCGUUUAUGAUAAAAUGAUAUGUAUCCAUCAAGAUAGCUAGGAAUGACUACCACUCGAACAUAUUUAAUGCAAAUGAAUUCACCACUUAAAACGUUCCAACAAAGUUCCAGAAGCUAUAGUUAUAAAAGUGUUGUUUCUUAAAACGUUUCAGAAGCUAUAUCUAUACAAGCGUUGUUCCUUAAAAUAUGUCAUCGUGUUUAAGAUGUGAAGGCUAGCUUUUUAUCAUUUCACAGCUUUACAGUGAUUGCUUAUACUUAUCAUAAUUAUCGGUUUUCAAUUGUG